AUGCAACCGACUCUGACAUUUGGGCCUAAGGGCGACGAAUGGACAUACAACCGUGACACCAAGACGUACGAUCUCACCCGCGGGGUUUCCUCGCCCGGCUUCACUAUUCGUACAACGCAGGGACCUCCGAAUGCAUCAAUCGCAUUGGCGCCAGCCUUGAGCGCUCUAGUCGUAGUUGAUAUGCAGAAUUUCUUUCUGCAUCCGAGGUGUAAUGACCACCCUACCGGCUUAGCUGCAGCAGAUCACACCCUCGAGGUCAUCAAGAAAUGUCGAGAGGUUGACGUCAAGGUACAGCAGAAGGCGUCGAUCAUCUGGCUCAAUUGGGGGCUGAACGAUGGCGACCUGAGCGCCAUGCCCGCAGCCACUGAGCGCAGCUUCGCUAGCAGCCUCAUUACUCCACCCAAAGACGAUAAAUAUGCCAGGAACGGGUUCGGUUCCGACAUGGGCGACGGGAGAGGCCGUCUGCUGAUGGAGGGUUCUUGGAAUGCGAAGCUCUACGAUCCCCUGCAGGAUGCCAGCCGCGCGGACUUGGACGUGUUUUGCAGUAAGAAUCGCAUCUCGGGCUUCUGGCACGGGGAGACGCCGCUCGCGAAGGAGCUCGCCGCUGGCGGGUAUCGCACGCUCUUGUUCGCCGGCGUUAAUACGGAUCAAUGCGUGUUGGGAACUUUGGCCGAUGCGUAUUAUCGCGGAUGGGACUGCAUCAUGGUCGAAGACUGCUGUGCUACGACGACUCCGGGAGGGCAGGACGUCACGGUUUACAAUACAUCGAAUGGAUAUGGAUUUGUCGUCGACAGUAAGAGCAUCGUCGAGGGUACACUUGCGUAA